GCAGGCUCCAGGAGCCCAGCCCGCUCUGCCAGUGGAGGCGGGGCGACUGCGGAGCGGGCUCGGGGAAGCCAAGUGCGCGGCCCGAGUGCGACUGGGGGACACCCGGAAGGCUCAGGGGCCACCUGGAUGGAGGCUGCGGGCAUCGCGGGCAGCCACCAUGUUCAACCAGCAGCUCCAGCAGCAGCAACUCCAGCAGCAGCAGCUCCUCCAGCUCCAACAGCUGCUCCAGCAGUCUCCCCCGCAAGCCCCGCUGCCCAUGGCCGUCAGCCGGGGGCUUCCCCAGCAGCAGCCACAGCAGCAGCUUCUGAAUCUCCAAGGUGCCAACUCCGCCUCCCUCCUCAAUGGCUCUGUGCUACAGAGAGCUUUGCUUUUGCAGCAGUUGCAAGGACUGGACCAGUUUGCAAUGCCACCAGCCACGUAUGACAGUACCGGUCUCACCAUGCCCACAGCAACACUGGGUAACCUCCGGGGCUACAGCCUGGCGACCCCGAACCUGACGCCCCCCAGCCUCACUCCCCCGCAGCUGGCUACCCCGAAUCUACAGCAGUUCUUCCCCCAGGCCACUCGGCAGUCCUUGCUGGGUCCCCCUCCUGUCGGGGUCCCCAUGAACCCCUCCCAGAUCAACCUUUCAGGGCGGACUCCCCAGAAACGGGCCCGUACCCCCACCUCCAGCACCCCCCAUCACAAGGGGACCAUCGCUUCUGCUGCUGGGACAGAGUGUACUUGCAAGGGUGGGCGGCAGAUGUCAGAACCAGUUUCUGAAAGGAAGCAGGAUUCUUCUUCUCAGACCACGCCCGUGGAAGACGAGUCAGACCCCCCAGAGGGGUCUGAGGAAGCUGACGAGUCCCGAACAAACAUGCCAAAAGACCAAGGCUCCCCACCUUGCACAGACGACAUCACGAAGGAGAAGCGCACUCCAGCACCUACCCCCGAGUCUUGCGAGGCAUCUGAGCCACCAGCUAAGAGGUCAAAGAGCUCAGAGUUGCCCACAGAGAAGGGGCUCCCCGGGCAGCUGCAGGCGAAGGUCCCGCCUCGGGCCCGCACCACGGCACCAAAGCAGACACAGACACCUGAGCUGCUGCCCGAGCCACCGGAAGCCCGAGUGUUGCCACGAUUCCAGCCACGGGUUCUGCAGAUCCAGGCCCAGGUGCAGCCGCAGACGCCGCCACUGACACCCCCCGUGGACACUCCGGCGAGGCGCCAACCACAGAAGCAGGCGGAGACGCAGACCUCUCCGGAGCACGUGGGGCCACUGCCUGGGCGGGAGGGGGCGGGGCCGCAGAAACAGGUGCAGCCCCAGCUGCAGAAGCAGGCACAGACGCAGACGUAUCCUCAGGUCCAGCCCCCGGAUCAGCCACAGGGGCACCCUCCAGCGCCGUCGCCCGGGCAGCCGCCGGACCAGACUGAGGGACGGCUUCAGCCCCCGCCACGGGUGUCAGUGCCCAUACUGGAGCCGGCGCCGGUUCCGGUUAGUUCCACAGCGCCGGAGUCGCCGCCGGAUAAGAGAGAUACUUCAGCCGGCGCGGAGAAGGCCUCGCCAGAGCCAGGGGGCACCCAGGUCAGCGUGGAGAGCCAGGACGAGUUGACCGGUGGCCUGGAUGUGGGAGAAUGUGAAAAAAGAGCGAGAGAGAUGCUAGGGGUGUGGGGUGCCGCGGGCUCCCUGAAGGUCACCAUCCUGCAGAGCAGCGACAGCCGGGCCUUCAGCACCGUCCCCAUCACCCCUGUGCCUCGCGCUGGCGACUCCACGUCCACUGCCCCAGCCUCCAGCAGCACGCCUUCUAAGCAGACCCUCCAGUUCUUCUGCUGCCUCUGUAAGGCCAACUGUAGCAGCCAGCAGGAGUUCCAGAACCACAUGUCAGGGGCCCAGCACCAGCAGCGGCUCGGGGAGCUCCAGCACACGAGCCAGGCCUGCCUCCUGUCCCUGCUGCCCGUGCCCCGGGAUGUGCUGGAGAGAGAAGAUGAAGAGCCCCCGCCGAGGCGCUGGUGUAACACCUGUCAGCUCUACUACAUGGGGGACCUGAUCCAGCACCGCAGGACGCAGGACCACAAGAUCGCCAAGCAAUCCCUGCGACCUUUCUGCACCAUUUGCAACCGCUAUUUCAAGACCCCCCGCAAGUUUGUGGAGCACGUGAAGUCCCAGGGACACAAGGACAAAGCCAAGGAGCUGAAGAUGCUCGAGAAGGAGACGGCUGGCCAGGAUGAGGACCACUUCAUCACGGUGGAUGCCGUGGGCUGCUUUGAGGGUGAUGAAGAGGAGGAGGAGGAUGACGACGACGAGGAAGAAGAGAUCGAGGUUGAGGAGGAAUUCUGCAAGCAGGUGAGGUCCAGAGAUAUAUCCAUAGAGGAGUGGAAAGGCUCAGAAACCUAUAGCCCCAAUACCGCAUACGGUGUGGACUUCCUGGUGCCCGUGAUGGGCUACAUCUGCCGCAUCUGCCACAAGUUCUACCACAGCAACUCAGGGGCACAGCUCUCCCACUGCAAGUCCUUGGCCCACUUCGAGAACCUGCAGAAAUACAAGAAAGCCAAGAACCCCAGCCCUACCAGCAGGCCCGUGAGCCGCCAGUGUGCGAUCAACGCCCGCAACGCCUUGACUGCUCUGUUCACUUCUGGCAGCCGCACAUCCACCCAGCCCAGCACCCAGGACCCAGCGAAAACCCCCAGCAAGCCUUUCUGCCUUUGCUCACCUGUCUCUGCCACUCAGAAUGCCUCAACCACAAGUCAUUCAAGGACCAGCUCAAAACGCCUCCUCUUCUAAGAAGCCUUCCCUGGUCUCCACCAGAAACCAUCACCCCCUCCUCCACAGCCACUCCUGACCUGCCUCUCAGCAGCACAGUGUCCCUUAGGAUCCAAGAUCUGGGCCUGUGCCCACUGCGGACCCAGUUCAGAGCCAGCCCUGUGACUCAGACACACUCAGCUGCCAGCCUGGGACAAAGAGGGAAGCCGCUGGCAGUGUUUGGAAAAGGCCAGGGCUGGAGGAGUGUGUCUGGGAUAUGGGUGCAAGUGUGCAUUCUGGGGGAAGAGCACCAUCGCCCGAAGCUGGCACACCUCACAGAGGACAGUCCUGGAAAGUCCCUCCUGGAUUGUAGAGUCCAAGCCCCUUGUGGUACCGAUGGGAAAACUGAGGCCCAAGAAGGAAGGGACCUACCCAGGAUCCGCCAGCUGGUUGGUGGCACAGCCAAGAUUCAGAGGGAGCAGGGCACCUGGAUUUCGGUCCCGCCCUGCUCCACCCCAGCCAGUGACUGCGUCUUUUUGGGACGGGAAUAAGGACCAGAUUGUGAGGAUUCCAAUGUACUAAAAACUCAGAUAGGGUCUGGCCACAGCAAGUACUUAGUAGAUGGUCAUUAUUAUCAACACUGCACAUUCUUUGUCAGGUGACACAAGGCCAGAGGCAGGUGGUGUCCCCACACCACUGGGGCCAGGGUUUAUCUGUGUCAAGGACACUCCCAGUGCUAAGCCUUUGCCUUCUGCCUGGGACAGCCACCUCCCCACUGCACUAAGUCCCGUGAAUCUGCCAACACUCACUCAGUGUGACACCUGAGCGGCUUUUCCUGAAGGCUCUCGCUGCCACUGCAGGCUUCCUUCUACACAUCCAGCUGCUGUUCACCUGCAGCGCCCAGGGCAAACUAGCCAGCCUACUACUUACCACCCUGUGGGAGGUCCUCUCCCUCUUUAUUAAACGCAGUUCCCAGGUGAUCAAAGUGUUCUGAAACUACUGUGAUGGAUGCAUGAUUCUGAACAUCCUAAAACCCACUGACAUGUACAAUUUAAAUGGAUACAUUGUAUAAUAUGUGAAUUAGAGCUCAAUAAAGCUGUUAGCCAAA